AUGAGUUAUCGUAAGACUGGAUAUGAUUUACGACGAUAUCUGACGGCUUGGAACUGCUUUCUGUCCGUAUUCUCCAUAAUGGGAGUCAUUCGAUGUCUUCCAGAAUUCAUUCAUAUCUUAUAUACGAAAGGAUUUAAUGCUUCCUUUUGUGAUGCAUCCUAUUAUGAGGAUGUACGGCUGAAUAUAUGGUACCUGUAUUUCACGCUAUCGAAAGCACUGGAACUGUUGGACACAAUGUUCAUAGUAUUGAGAAAACAGAGACUAAUAACACUUCAUUGGGUGCAUCACGUGUUGACACUGACCUACUCGUGGUACGUGUUUGGCGACGUACCGGCCACUGCCCGCUGGAUGGUUAACAUGAAUUUCCUCAUCCACUCAAUGAUGUACACCUAUUAUGCACUGAAAGCCAUGCGAUUCGUCAUCCCAAGAGUGGUCAACAUCACCAUAACAUCCCUACAAAUCGCACAAAUGUUUGCCGGACUCUUCAUCAACUACUUGGCCCUUCACUACAAACUGUCGGGCAUUCCGUGCGAUUUGUCCCGAAAAGUGGCGAUCUUUGGAUUUUCUCUAUACUUCCUAUUCUUCCUAUUAUUUAUGAAUUUCUUCAUCAGAUCCUAUGUCUUGAAAUCGACGCCACAGAAGACAAAACAACAGCAACUAAAAGAGUAUAAAUCCAUUUGUAGGCCAGACGUCAACCAGAAUACGAGUCAACAGAAUCACAAUCAUUAUAGUAAUGGCAUUAGCAGUGAAAAUGCUAAGAAAAACAUUUAA